AUGAGUGGGCAAGUGUGCGCCAAUGGCCUGAGGGGGCUGACCAGAGUUACUCGCAACGCUGCAAAGCCCUCUCUCCGUUCGUGGACGGCCGAAGCACAAUACGCAAACCGAGCCAGGUUUCAGACACAAUCACAACCAUGUAUGGGAUCCUGGAGCGACCGCCGGAUCAGAGGCCAGUGGGGAGCCCAGCACAUGAAGAAGCGAAACUAUGCCACUUCAAACUCGACCAUCUCCAUGGCCGAUUACAGAAAGAGUAGGUNNGAAUAUGGCCCCGUCGCCGAAUACGAUCGCCGUGUCAAAUCUGGCGUUCUCAGAGACGACCAGCAUCAGCGUAUAAGCCNNAUCAUCGAAUCGCUGCAAGAUCUGCAUGACAUGCUUGCCAACUACGACCCACCGACAGUCCAGGAGCCAACCAUAGAAUCCUUGCAACCUAAGAAGAAAGGCUUUCUUUCGGCAAUCUUUGGCGGCGGCCAAAAGAUGCAGUCCAGCCUGGAAUUGCCAUCUGACUUGCCUAAAGGCUUGUACAUGUAUGGCGACGUCGGCAGCGGCAAGACCAUGAUGAUGGACCUUUUCUACGAUACAUUGCCUGAGAGCAUCAAAAGAGCGACGCGCAUCCACUUUCACAACUUCAUGCAGGAGGUGCAUCGUGAUCUGCACAAAGUCAAGAUGCAGUACGGCCAGGACAUCGAUGCUAUUCCCUUUGUGGCCGCUCAUAUCGCCAAACGCAGCAGCGUACUAUGCUUCGAUGAGUUUCAGUGUACCGAUGUGGCAGACGCUAUGAUUCUGCGAAGACUGGUCGAGUCCUUGAUGCAUCAUGGCACUGUCAUUGUGACUACUAGUAACCGUCAUCCCACGGAGCUUUACAAGAACGGUGUCCAGCGCGAGUCCUUUGUCCCCUGCAUCAACCUUCUUCAGCGCCAACUGCGAGUCUUGAAUCUCGAUUCACCAACCGACUACCGCAAGAUUCCUCGUCCCCCAUCUGGUGUAUACCAUUUCCCGCUGAACAAGGCGGCGGGUACGCACAUCACGCAUUGGUUCAAGUACCUGGGCGAUUUUGAGAAGGAUCCUCCUCACCCAGCCGAACAUUAUGUCUGGGGACGACCUAUCCAGGUGCCGCAAGCAAGUGGGAAAGCCGCACACUUCGACUUUGACGAAUUGAUCGGCCGUGCCACCGGUGCUGCCGACUACAUUGAACUUAUGCGUAAUUACGACGCCUUCAUCGUCAGCAAUGUUCCACAGAUGGACCACCGCAGCCGCGACCGAGCACGCCGUUUUAUCACAUUCAUUGAUGCUGUCUAUGAAUCACAUGCUAAACUCGUCCUCACCUCUGCCGUACCGUUGACCGAACUCUUCCUCUCUCGCGAGGAAGUCGAUGCAGCGAUGAAGCAAGCAGCAGCCAAGGGCGACAACACUGCAAAGGCCGCUUUGCAUGAUGGCGCAGACGUCGACGACGUGAUGCGGCAGAUGAUGGAUGAUCUCGGCAUGAACAUGAACAUGCUGAAGAAGAGCAACUUCUUCUCUGGCGAUGAGGAAGCCUUUGCGUUUGCCCGUGCACUGUCGCGUCUGUCUGAGAUGGGCUCGCAGAUGUGGGUGGAACGUGGUAUGGGUCUCGAGAGCAAGGGUGGAAAGAAGGAAAAGGAUGACUUUGCUAAAGUCAGAAGUAGAUGGAAGGAAGACAGCAUGUAA